AUGCUGGAAAACAAUAAUAUAAGUUUGGAUCUGGACGUUUGCCGCCACAGAUUCGAGUCUUUCAACAAGUUUUUCGAGCCUCAUAAGUUGCAUACUUUCCAUGAAAUCGACCUGAAAGCGAACGUGGCCGAUAGCUUGUGUUUCUUGGCGGAACAAAUACUCAAGUCAUCCUCAACAACUGCGUACCUAUGGAUUUACCAGCCAAUCCUACUGGAUAUCGUUGCUCGAUGGGCUUCCCGUCGAGAGAGACAAUACUACAGCAGUGUCAUUAGCGCGAUAGGUGAGAUUGUCGCCCUGUUCCCGCAAACAACAGGGUUGGUUGAGUUUUUUCUGGAGCAUGCCUCUGGCGACUUGAAUGAGCUCCUGCAAGAGCGUAAGAUUGGUGAUGAUGUGCAUCGCACACUAUUGGCAUUUUAUAGACUAUUAUCCUGGGACAGAACACGGUUUGUGGCAUACGUAAGGCCUGAAGUUUUCUACCAAGUUUUAAGGUCGGCCGCGAGUAGUCAGAUCGAAAAGCUUCUGUGCUGUAAGAUACUCGGGAUGCAUAUGAACAUGACCGAAAAGGCACAAAUUGCGAUGCAGAAAAGUUUUGGGUGCCACGCCAUUGCGAUGAGAGGUGUGUACGGCAAUGAUCUGGGUGUCGAUUAUCAGUUUCUAGAGCUCAACGAGGCCAAGCGCAUAGCGAAGUAUUCUCAGCUUUUCUCAGAACCAGAAGGCGAUAACCAUUUCAAAGGGACCUCCAGAAACGUGCUUUUGAUAUAUCCGAGCGCCUUGAGUGACUUAGUCGUCUCAGUAUAUGGGGUACUUCUCCCACUAACUGCAGAAAGUUCAAGAAGAAAUGACAUUAGAGAUCCUCUGACGUUGGUGCCUACAACUGAUGCCCUCGAUGUGAUCCGCAAACUGGCUCUCACGAUGCAAAGAUCAAAACCAGUGAUGCUGGUAGGGGCAGCUGGAAGUGGUAAAACUUUUUUGGUCGAUCAAUUGAGUAAAGCAAUGGGCCAGACAAGUCAAAUGGUCAAAAUUCAUCUGGGCGAGCAGACCGACGUCAAGCUUCUUCUCGGAACCUAUACCUCAGGAGAAAAACCCGGAACUUUCGAAUGGAAGUAUGGUGUACUGACGACGGCUGUCAGGGAGGGAAGGUGGGUCUUGAUAGAGGACAUUGACAGGGCACCAACUGAAGUCUUGUCUAUUCUUUUAACAUUACUCGAAAAGCAUGAAAUCAGCAUUCAUUCUCGUGGAGAAACCAUACGGGCUGCCAAUGGGUUUCAGCUCAUAUCAACAAUAAGAACACCCGAGAAACAAGUAAGCGAAGACCAUCAUGAAAUUCUUGACUCCAGCCUGGUAGGCUAUCGUCUUUGGGAAAAAAUUCAUUUGCCAGAAAUGGGGGAUCAGAACUUGGAACUCAUUCUAAAAACACGCUUCAAAUCGAUAUCAAGCUUGGUACCAAAGCUUAUCCUUGCUUUCAACUCAGUACGGAGUAUUUUAACAAGUCCGCAGUUCAUUUCGCUUAAUCGCGGAGUUCAACCAAGAACCAUAACUGUGCGGGAUUUGGUAAAGCUUUGCAGCCGAAUCGAAGUAUUAAUCGCAAACAGUGGUAUUCGAAGCUCCUCUGAUUUGAUGGAGUCUGCGACUUACGACAGUAUAUUUGCCGAGGCAACUGACUGUUUCGCGAGUGCCAUCGGUGAAUUUGGUGCAUUGACGCCGAUUGUUGAGGCGAUUGGCAGCACUUUAGAAAUCCCUCCAUCAAGAACAGCCCUCUUCCUUACCCGCCAUGUGCCAAAUUUCAUCGAUAGUGUGAACAAUGUUACCAUCGGAAGAUCGAUUUUGCCCAAAAGCUCAAGCAAUAUUAGAAAGAAGUCAGUGAAUGUCACAUCGUUUGCGCAAACGAACCAUUCUCUGAGGCUGAUGGAACAAGUUGGAGUUGCUGUGCAAAUGAUCGAGCCCGUUUUGCUGGUAGGGGAAACUGGAACAGGUAAGACGACCGUUGUACAAGAGAUGGCCAAAUCGGUUAAUCAAAAACUCACAGUUCUUAAUUUGUCUCAGCAAACCGAGAGUGGAGAUUUGCUUGGUAGCUUCAAACCGGUCAAUUGUAGAACCCUCGCCAUACCUAUCAUCGAGAAUUUUGAGAAGCUCUUCCCGACGACUUUCUCGAUGAAAAAGAAUGAGCGCUUUUACAUGAUGCUUCAUAGAUGCUUCAACAAAUCUCAGUGGAAAAAUGUCGUCAGGCUCCUGAAGGAAGCAAAUAAGAUGGCCGAGAAACUUCUUUCGGCUGAACAAGGCACGGAGCAACAACCAUCAAAGGUCAAGAAGCGAAAGCUUGAUAUGCACGAUAAGAAUAUGUUGCUGAAAAAGUGGUCAGAGUUCGACGAAACAGUCAAGAAAUUUGAGAAACAAUACUCUUCAAUAGAAAAUUCCUUCAUAUUUGAUUUUGUCGAGGGUUCCCUCGUGAGUGCCGUGCGAAACGGUGAAUGGCUGUUGCUUGACGAGAUCAACUUAGCUUCACAAGAUGCUCUGGAAAGCAUAUCCGACUUACUUUCUGAGCCGUCGUCCAGAAGUGUACUGCUAACUGAAAAGGGCCAAGCGGAACCUAUCAAAGCACAUCCUAACUUUCGUAUUUUCGCCUGCAUGAAUCCUGCCACUGACGUUGGAAAGAGAGAUUUGCCAAUGGGCGUACGGUCUAGAUUCACCGAAAUAUAUGUCCAUUCUCCGGACCGAGACAUUACUGACCUUCUUUCGAUCAUCGACCGUUACGUUGGUAAGUAUGCGGCCAAUGAUGAGUGGGUUGGUAAUGAUAUUGCUGAGCUAUACCUUAGAGCCAAAAAAUUAUCCGAGUCCAACCAGAUUGUUGAUGGCGCGAAUCAAAGACCACAUUUUAGCAUCCGUACAUUGACGCGUGCUUUGAUUUACGUGAAAGACAUAAUAUUGAUCUAUGGUUUACGGCGCUCUUUGUUUGAAGCAUUUUGCAUGUGUUUCCUCACACUUCUUAACGAGAAGUCAGAAGCUUUACUAAAACCUCUGAUUGAAGAAUUUAUUUUAGGCAGGCUCAAAAAUGCAAAGUCAGUAAUUUCGCAGAUUCCUCCAUGCCCGGGACCUGACUUUAUACAAUUCAAGCACUAUUGGAUGAAGCGAGGCUCGGAGGAAAGAGUUGAACAACCGCAUUAUAUUAUAACUCCCUUUGUGGAAAGAAACAUGCUAAAUUUGGUGAGAGCCACUUCUAGUAAACGUUUCCCUGUUUUAAUACAGGGGCCAACAUCGGCGGGGAAAACCAGUAUGAUCAAGUAUUUGGCCCAAAUCACGGGUAACAAAGUCGUGCGCAUAAACAAUCAUGAACAUACUGAUUUGCAGGAGUAUUUGGGAACCUAUAUCGCAGAUGAAACUGGGAGUCUCAAAUUUGCUGAGGGUGCCUUGGUUGAAGCUCUGCGGAAAGGCUAUUGGAUCAUUUUAGAUGAAUUGAAUUUAGCCCCUACGGAUGUUUUAGAAGCAUUGAACAGAUUAUUGGAUGAUAACAGAGAGCUUCUGAUACCGGAAACCCAAGAAGUUGUGCAUCCACAUCCUAAUUUCAUGCUUUUCGCCACUCAGAAUCCGCCGGGUCUUUACGGUGGUCGAAAAAUUCUUUCGAGAGCAUUUAGAAACCGUUUCCUAGAAUUGCACUUCGAUGACAUUCCACAGGAUGAAUUAGAGAUCAUUUUGAAGGAAAGGUGCCAGAUUGCACCCUCUUACGCCAAAAAGAUCGUGGAAGUCUACAGGCAGCUUUCCGUACAACGGUCUGCGUCGCGCUUAUUUGAGCAAGGAAAUAGUUUUGCAACUCUUCGUGAUUUGUUCAGAUGGGCGUUGCGUGACUCUGUGGGGUAUGACGAGCUUGCUGCCAAUGGCUAUAUGUUACUAGCAGAGCGGUGCAGAUCAUUGGACGAGAAGAAGGUUGUAAUGUCGAUCAUUGAAAAAGUCAUGAGAGUCAAGCUGGAUAUGAGCCAGUACUACCAUCAGCUUGAAAAUACCGAGCUCAUGGGCAUCGAAACUUCAGUCGUUUGGACAGAAGCUAUGUGCAGACUUUCUGUUUUGGUCGAGGCCUGCUUGAAGAACCACGAACCAGUUUUACUAGUGGGAGAAACUGGUUGUGGUAAGACCACAAUCUGCCAGCUUCUUGCACAAUUUAGAAAUCAAGGACUUACAACGGUCAACGCGCAUCAAAACACCGAGACAGGUGAUAUUCUGGGAGCUCAGAGACCACGAAGGAACAGAUCGGAGUUACAAGUGAGAUUGUCGGCGCUUUUGGUGAAAUGUAUCGGUGAGUCUUUAGAAGACAUCGACUUGAAUGAGGUAUCCUUAUCGAAACUCAUAGAGCUUUAUGACGGCUGUGACAAGAGCCUGGUGCCUUUGGAGAUUCAAAGUGAAGUAACGUCGCUGAGAGACGGCCUUCAGGUUCUUUUCGAAUGGAAUGAUGGUCCCUUAGUCCAGGCCAUGAAGGAAGGCCAGCUUUUCUUGCUUGACGAAAUAUCUCUGGCAGACGACUCAGUUUUGGAAAGACUGAAUAGUGUUUUAGAACCUGAACGAACCUUAUUUUUGUCUGAAAAAGGCGGUCAGGGAGCCCUUGUGCGUGCGUCGACGAUGUUUGAAUUUUUAGCAACGAUGAAUCCAGGUGGUGACUAUGGCAAAAAAGAACUUUCACCUGCGUUGAGAAAUCGUUUCACCGAAAUUUGGGUUCCAUCUAUGGAAAACUUUAAUGACGUUAGAAAGAUAGUGUCUUCAAAGUUACUUAAAUCCUUACAAUUUUUGGUUGAACCGGUAGUUCUGUUUUCCGAAUGGUUUGCAAAAAAGUAUGGUCAUGGGAAAGCUGACAGCGGAAUAGUGUCCUUGCGUGAUAUCCUCGUUUGGGUAGAGUUUCUUAACUCCAGCACUAAAACAGCUAAGGAACCGCUAGCAAUGUUAUUGGAAGGCGCUGCUAUGGUUUUUAUUGACGCUCUAGGUACCAACAAUACUGGGUUCUUGUCUGAGAACAGCACUGCGUUGGCAAAUGAAAAACAUCAAUGCGUCGAAGCUCUAUCAAAUUUUGCAUCUCACGAUUUAGCCUCGUUUUUGCGAUCUGAUCUCCAUCUUGAGUUGACUUCAGAAAUGCUACGUAUAGGAGCGUUUGAUAUCGAGCGUAAGACAACAAAUACGGAAAUUCCAGCCUUUAGUCUCAGUGCCCCAACUACUGCUAAAAAUCUAAUGAAAGUAGUUAGGGCCAUGCAGGUCAAGAAACCGAUCUUGUUGGAAGGCAGUCCCGGUGUGGGAAAGACAAGCCUUAUAACAGCUUUAGCCGAAUGCACGGGCAAUAAGCUAACACGUAUUAAUCUCUCAGAACAAACAGAUUUGGUAGACCUUUUCGGAUCCGACGUCCCAGGAGAAAGAGCCGGUGAGUUUGUUUGGCGCGACGCACCAUUUCUGAGAGCUAUGCAACUGGGGGAGUGGGUCCUUCUCGAUGAAAUGAACUUGGCGUCACAAUCUGUUCUUGAAGGUUUGAACGCCUGUUUUGAUCAUCGAGGGCAAGCUUACGUUCCUGAACUUGACAAAUCUUUUCUGCGUCAUGAAAACUUCGUCGUAUUUGCCGCACAAAAUCCGCAACACCAAGGAGGUGGCCGGAAGGGCCUGCCGAAAUCUUUCGUUAACCGGUUCAAUGUCGUGUAUGUCGAAAUGCUAACGCCGGAGGAUUUGUCGUUAAUCGCCACACACAUCUACCCUGAAAUUGAGACGAGUCUCAUCUCAAAGAUGAUCGACGUGGUUGCAAAUUUGGAGAUGGAAGUUUCUGUAAGAAAACAAUGGGGUGCGAGCGGUGGUCCUUGGGAGUUCAAUUUAAGAGAUGUUUUACGGUGGCUCAAGCUUUUAAACAAUAAGUCAUUCAAUAACGGCGUGAAUCCUGCCGACUUUCUAGACUUGAUACUUGUCCAAAGAUUUCGAACUCAGGCGGAUAAGAUGAAGGCCCGUGCGCUAAUUGAAAACACUUUUGGAUCUUGCCACAAAAGGGAUAAUUACAUGAAGCUAGGGCCUGACUUUAUGCAAGCAAAUCAGGAAGUUGCUGAGCGGAACGUUCUCUCAAAAAAGUCCCCAAGGGGAGGUGUACGCACAAAAGCCCUUCAGUGUAAUAUCCCGAUUUAUGAAUCAGUUCUCAGAUGUUUAAAGAACAAUUGGCCCGUUAUUCUCGUCGGCCCUUCCUUUUCAGGCAAAACAGAGGUAAUAAGAUUUUUGGCAGACACUUUCGGAGCUCAUGUAGUUGAAUUUUCUAUGAACAGUGAUGUGGACAGCAUGGAUUUGCUUGGAGGCUUCGAACAAGUGGACUUGAAUCGGGCUCUCGCUGAUGCUGUGGAAAAUGUCAAGCAAGUCAUCACGGACUAUUCCAUUGUCAACUUGAUAGCUCCAAAAAGUUCUGCUCAUGACAGAGGAGUUGUCGCUUGCUUGAAACUUGACUCCUUGUUGAAAUCCACGUCUAUUAGCACAGAUAAUUUUGACGAGUUCUAUCAGCGCUUCAACGAUUUCAAGUCUUCAACAACCAGCGAGCACGUCAAUAAUUUGGCCCGUGAAAUUGAAAACUUGCAUCUCGCUUUAUCAAAUGCGAGCUCCGUACGCUUCAAAUGGUACGAUGGUCUUUUGUUACAAGCAAUGGAACGAGGUGAUUGGAUGAUUUUGGAUAACGCAAAUCUUUGUUCACCGUCUGUCCUCGACCGACUAAACUCACUUUUGGAGGCAGGAGGUUCAAUGGUGAUCAAUGAAUGUAACUUAGAAGAUGGGUCACCGCGUGUAGUUAAGCCUCAUCCCGACUUCCGGUUAUUCUUGACGGUCAACCCCAAAUUUGGAGAACUGUCUAGGGCGAUGAGAAACAGAGGAGUCGAACUGUUUUUGGAAGAUCUAAAUAUUCGAUCCACGUCGUUCGAUAAACUGGCUAUGGGUUUCCCUGGUAAUGAAGAAAGAAAACGGGAUGUGAAUGAGAAAGGAGAUAAAGUAUUGAGCGAGAGAGGUUCGAAACCGUUAUCUUCUCUUGUUUCUCAAGACGCGUCCUUGAUGUAUGAAUUAGCUCAAGUUCAUGACAUUUUGAUCAUAUCUCAGAUGAGAGCAUGCGAAAAAAUUGCUGGGGUUCUUUCACUCUCCGCUAUUGCAAGUGUCAACGACUGGUUGGAAAAUGUGAGUGCUUGUAAACUAUAUGAUGAAGCUACUGCCAUAGAGCAGAUCAGCGGCUUUGUACAAUCAGCCAACAAUUCCGACCUUACACCUAAGUUAUCUCAAUUACUCUCCACUUCCCAGGCUAAGGCAGCGCUUACUGUUGACCUGAAAGGACUAUGGUCACAUCAGGCAAUAAUGCCUCUUUUGAAUUUUUAUAACUUACCAUUACUGCAAGUCGAGUACCCUUUUAUCUCAACUGCCGAACCAGUGUACCUUUUUGAGACGGUUUGCUUCCUUCGUUACUCUUUCACGAGUCUACAGCAAACAGAGUCAAGAGCUUUACAUUCUCAACCCGAUAAGCUAACUUACCUGGAAUCAUCUGCGGCACGGCACCUUGGGCGCCAAUUAAAAGGCAAUUUCAAAUUUCCUGUUUUCGACAUACUUGUCAAGCUCAGAACUUUCAUCGAGCAACGCAUGUCUGAGAACAGACUUUUUGUUGAUGAAUCUUUCUUUUGUUCGCUUUUCAAGCUUUGUGCUAUUUGGAUUAAUGUAGAAAAGUCUGCAAUAAGGCGCAACGAUGCAAAGUUGAGAGCGCAUCGGGAUUUGAUUCAGGAAUGGAAAAAUUCGUCUUCCUUAGACAACAGAAGUUCGGACGAUUUCAUGGGAAUAAUCGAACUGUUCGGCAGACUUACUGAGUUCACAAGAGGACGUUCCAUGACCCUUAUUUGGGAAGAAUUUCGUGGAACAUAUCCCACGUCAGAGAAAUCUUGGCGUAAGUUUGAGAAGCUUUUAGACAUUACUUCGAAGUUCGACCAGGUGUCAGUUAUGCUGUAUUCGGAUUCGUAUGAGCUUAUUGGCUCAUUGCGACAGUUUCUUUUGGACACCUUCAAGGAUAUUCUUCUUGAAAGGGAUAUGGACUUCGAAGCUAUCAUGUCUGAGAUCGAGAGAAGUAUCGGAAAUCUAGCGACCAUCUCUUCUCAAUUUCUUUACGAAAGGUAUCAUUACUUCCGUCAGGAGUUCGAUGUGGUUGCGCGUCUCAACGUCGCACAUGAAAAGCAUUUUUUGAGCUCCACAGUACUUGAAGUGCUUCCCUUCGCAUCUAUAUCAGCUGCUUCAAUAAUGAAUUCGCAAUGCAAAGGAAAUUUUUAUCCGCCAAUAUUCGAUGUUUUGUGGACGAGAGACAACGGGUGUGGAUUUAUUUCCCAUACAUCGACUUUGUUCGAUACCACGCUCUUCGGGAGCUUGGUAGAAAAACUGACAGGCUUAACUCAUAUUCCCGGAUGCCACUUAAGUCAAACAAAAGAGGAUGGCUCCCUUCUGCUUAGAUAUUUGAUCAGAAAUUCAGAACAAAUCACCGUCAAUCAAAUGAAGUCGUUCAAGGAGGAGCUGCUACAGAUCUAUUCUAGAGUUUCGAAACUUCACGCUGGCUUUCCCGCGGAAAAGGAAGCAAGUUCGAAGGAAACUAGCAAUAGCGCGUACAUGCUUCAGUUCUACAAGCACGUUGAUAAGCUAUUUCUUAAACCGGCAAUCCAGUCCGCCAAAGAGACGGAAUCUGCCCAGUCAGUGGGCAAAGCUUGGAUAAUUUUUUCGCUUGGAAUGCUUCAGUUAUAUGUUCCGGAUGGGGCAUAUGAUCCAGCUAUAUUUGACUAUGUUUCAAAUGAGUGCUUUUCAAUCGAGAAAGGGUCGAAAGAGUCGCUGAUUGAGUCGUGGCGGUUCGGACGUUUGAUUUUGAGCGGCGAUUCCCCCAUUUCAAUUGAAAAUGUCAUAUCAAAGGAGAUCAAAACGGGCAUCGCAGUCAAACCUAGAAUUUACAGACCGCAUGAAUCGAUCGAUAUGCUUUUCGAUGAAUGGCAAGCCUUCAUAAGUUCCACCGCCGAUAGUAUCCCUGUCACCAAUAUGUUGACAAGCAUCGAGAGCGCCGACGUUAGAGCCCUCAGCCAAGCCAAUCUCUUUCAGCAAAACACUUCGCAGUUCAUCGAACGUUUGAACUCGUCGUUUAAAGUCUACUCGGACGUCAACGAUUUGCUGUCGAGCUUCAUCAACGGCCUCAAGUUUGGUACCGAUUUAGUAUUAUUUGGAAGAGAUAAGUCUGUGGAGCGCUCUCCAAAAUCACCUCUCUGGGCGCUCAAUCCUUUGGUAAUAUCAUCAACAAGCAAGAUAUGUGAGGUUUUUGAGGAAGCCGAAAAAUUCUCAAAGAACCAAGGCUUGAAGGGUUCAGUCGUCGAAAAGCUUAUGAUCUUCUUUUUGAAGCUUUAUAAGCUUCACGACAAAGCCGAAACCUUAAAACCUGUUUUCCAAAAGGCUCUCGAAUGCUUAUAUUUGCGCUGGGUUGUUAGAAGAGAGCAGGCUGAAAAGGAGGCCCUGAAUCAAAGCGGAAUUUACCGAUAUAAUCACAAAGAUGAAGAUGAGGAGAGUGAAAUUGCAAAGCUAUUUCCAAAUUGUAACGAUGAAGAAGGGAGCUCAGAAGAUACCGCGGACGAAUUUGAAAGCGCCAGUUAUGAUUUAGCUCAAUCUUACAUGCAAGUCUUCUCCAGCAGAAGCGUAAGCAUUACGGAGGUUGCAGAAGUCGGUGCAGAGCUGACAGACUCUUUGAUAAAGAAUGGGUUCAGUGCAAAUAACGUAAGCAAAAAUUCAAAUGAUUUGGUCUCAGUCGUACAUCAUUUCGUUAGCAAGCUUGAUUGCCUUAGCGAAAACCAGAACCACAUCGAGGAAACGUUGGACUUCUACCGGGACCAUAGUCUGGGAGAAAUAAGAAAAGCCAUCAAAAUAGUGGAAUCGCUUUGGGGCUCUGUGAAGGAAUUUCUCAAACAAUGGCCCGAUCAUGCCAUACUUCUUGACCUUUUUAGAGUUUCCCAAGAAUUCUGCCAUUACUCUCUCGAUACCCCGAUCGCAAGGUCGUUGCAAAAGAUUGAGCAAAUUUACACUUACGUUACUGAAUGGCAAAAAUACGCUUCUACAAAAGUCUCCCUUCAGACCCAUGUCGUGGCCCUCACCGAGUUAAUAGUUUCAUGGAGAAAACUGGAGCUCAAAACAUGGGCAGCCCUAUUUGACACAGAGGAUGAAGGUUCCAGAAAGCGCAUUGGAAAAUGGUGGUACCAUCUGUUCGAAACUUUGAUGAUUGCCCGCUAUGAUACCAUCGAAGGGAAUGAGAACUCUCAGUCGCUAACAACGCUUUUGUCGUCGCUUAAUGUGUUUCUCAGCAACUGUACUUACGGGGAAUUCGAAACAAGAGUCGAACUCUUAAGAGCUUUUAUAGCGCAUGUUGAAAUUGAUUAUGGAGGGGAGUCAGCUCUUUACCUUGCCUUGAGUAACUUCGUCACGUUUUAUGAGCAGUUUUUGCCCAUCAUUCGCCGUGCCAAGACUGACGCUAGAAAAGCGCUCGAGAAAGAAAUGAAAGACAUAAUUCUUUUGGCCAGCUGGAAGGAUGUAAAUGUUGACGCUCUCAAACAAAGCUCAAAGAGGUCUCAUAAUAGCCUUUUCAAGAUUGUUAGGAAGUAUCGAGAAGUUUUGAACCUGGAAACGAAGCCGUUGAUUGAAUCGGGAAUACCUCCCCAGGACAAACCUGAGGCAUGCUUCAACACUCUGAGCGAAGAUCGUAUCACGGGGGUCGACCUUGAUGAAGCCCAGGCUAUUCUUCAGCAGUUGCCAAGCUGGACUUCUCGUCCUAAAACUCAUCAAAGUAUGGCGCGAACCGUGAGAAAUAUGGACCGUCAUAUUUACUCGAUAGUAAAUGAGAAUUUACCAAGCUUCUAUACUUUCGCGAAUGACGUGUGCUCAGAAGCGAAGCGAUUGAGAGAUGAGACUCCAAAGGUUUAUGACAAGAAAGACAAGAAGAAGCUAGCUUCUCUCAAAACCCAGAAAAUAAGAAUGAUAAACGAUACAUUGAAAGACCUGAGGAGUAUGGGUCUUAAGUUGGCUUUCAGGGAUGACAUCAGAAAGGUUCAACUAAGUGUUACAUCUAUACUAGCUCAUACGGACUGCUUGAGAGACACAUGUAUUGAUGGGUGUGACGCUUAUUUCUUCAGGCUCUUGGAUCUCAUGCCACGCCUAAAAGUGACUCUUUCGUCUCCUACUGAUGACAUCCCUCCCGUCCUUCUCACCAAGGGUUUAGCAGCCAGCGAAAACCUGAUGUACAUGCUUAUCAACAUUAGGCCAGCAAUGAGAAAAUCUGCUGAAAUAAGUAGUGCAAUUAAGAACUUGCACUUCGAGUUGAAUUUGGUUGCCAAAAGCACCAAUGCCCUCAUUGAUACAUCUUUCAAACGUGCAGUAAGAAACGCAGAAAGUAUUUCAGAGUGGCUACCAGGAUUGAUCGAUUAUGCAAUUACCACCGUUGAAAAGUGCCAGAGUUAUGUGAAUUGUGAAAGUGACUUGGGUUUCCUAUUUGAGGCAAAAACUUGGAUUUCAGGUUUACAGCAAGACAUUGGUGGGUUGCAUUACUCGGAUGAAAGAUUGAUCAAAACCGUUUUUGACUUCAUGAACUACAUGACGGAUUUGGCGAACAAGCUUACCUCUUGCAAGUCUAUUUAUUCAUUCGUUUUUGAAAUGGUAGCUUCUUGGAUUAAGCAAAAGCUUUCUCAAGAUGUGGAAACACUUGAGGUAAAGAGCGAAUCAGCAAACAAUGUCGGGGAACUCGAUCGCUCUUUACAAAAUUUAACAACCUCCAUUAUGCUUACAGUGCAGAAACUUGUUGAACAGUUCGGAAGAGCCUCUGAGGAGUCUGACACAUGGUUAACCGAUACACAAAGAACUAUUUCCGAGGCCCUUUACGUGGUUCAGAAUUCUCGUGUGCUAUCAAAUCUAAGAGCCUCAACGGAUAUCAUAAUCCAGAGUAACCUCAACAAGAAGAGUUCAAAAGUGGUAUCAUAUAUGUGUUCGUAUGCAUUGCCCCUUCUUGACAGCUUUCGCAGGCUUCUGACAGGCAUCCUGAACAUGGCUAGCAAAAACUAUGAGAAUCUCUCCCAUGGUACCUUUCUUCUUGCAAAUAUGUUGUUAAUACUCGGGAGCGAGGGCUUAUGCUCUCCAACACCACCUUCCGAAGAGGUUGAUGAUAAGAACUUGACUGAUGGUACAGGAUUGGGAGAGGGCGAUGGCGCCGAGAGUAAAGGAGAUGGUCUAGACGACGAAGAGAUUAACGAAGUCGCCCAAGAAUCAAACGAAAAGCAGAAGGAUAAAGAAGAUAUGGACGAUAAGGGGGAAGACAGUGCGGUCGAAAUAGAAGGCGAUAUGGGUGGUGAUUUAGAAGACGCCAGUGGUGAGGAUGAGAGCGAAGGCGAAGACAAAGAUGAGGAUGAGAAUGAGCUCGACGAAGAGGUUGACAAUAUUGGAGACGACGACCCGAACGCAAUUGACGAGAAGAUGUGGGACAAUGAUGGUUCGUCCAAUUCGAACGAAAAAGAGUCUGAGCAAGCUUUAAACAACCCUGCUAACGAAGAGAUGAAGGCAAGCGAAGAAGAUCAUGAUAAAUUGAAUGAGCCUCAUGGUGACGAAGGUGCAGACGAGGAUCAGGAAAGCAACGAAGCGCCGGGGGAAGGUUCCGAGGAAGAUGAUCGAGAGCAUGAUGAAGGAGGUGAUGAAUCGGAGGACGAUGCAGUGGGACAGAACGAUGAGGUCGUGGAUGAGCAGACAGCAGAUGACAUGGCUCCCCCACCGCCCGAAGUUGACACAAUGAAUUUGCCUGAGGGGAUGAAUCUGGACUCUGAAGAGGAGCCUAUUUCAGACAAUGAGGCAGACAUCAAAUCAGUUGACGAAAUGGAUGUCGACGAGGAAAAUUCCGAGGAUCAUGAGGCCGAAGCUAACCAAAUUAGCAAAGAAGAAGAGUUUAAUGAAGAAGAAAGUGAUAACUUGGAUGAAGAGGAAUCAAUAGAGAAGACUGAAGAACUUGAAUCUUCACCUGAAGCCGACGAAGAUAAUCAUGAUAUUGAGCAAUUCGAUCAAGAAGUAAAGAACACCAAGGAUGACCAAACUCCUACAGGAGAAAGUGGUGGUGAGGAUUCACUUGAGGGCCUCAACGGCUUGAACAAUUCUGAUGUGAAGAUGGAGGAUGAAGAUCAUGAUACAGCUGUUCAGCAAGAAGCAGGUACGAGAGGAGAGGGUGGAGACGCCCUGGACAAUGAGGAAAGGAAUGACAUCGGAAGUAAUGGUGCAGCUGACCAAAGCCAGCAGAUGAAUCAGGAUUCAAGUGCCAAUGAUAGUUCAAGGCAAGAAGCUAAUGAGAGCUUGAAGCAGCUGGGUGAUAAUCUAAAGGAGUUCCACAGAAGACACAAUGAAAUAAGAGAAGCGUCUCAGAGCAACACCGAGGAGAAUGAUCAGGAGAGAGCUAAUCAACGUCCCGACGAAUUCGAACAUGUUGAAGGGGCCAAUACCGAAGACACCACUCAAGCGCUAGGCUCCGCCAAUAAAGAUCAAGUAACUUCUAUCGAUGAGGAAAUGGCAAUUGAUGAUGAAGAUUUGGAUCAAGAAGAAGUUGAAGACGCGGAAGCAGAAUUUGAUACCAAUAACACAGGCAUCGAACAAGACAUUGAAAGGGAACCAGAAAAAGGGCCCAACGAUGGUGACCAUCGCGAAUCAGAGAAGAAGAGCAGCGGCGCGUAUAUCGGCGAACGCCAACAUAUUUCUGAGAAGGAUAAAUUCACCAGCUCUGAUCUUCUCGGAAGCAGCGAUGACGAUUUGGAUCAGCUUAUGGAAGAAGUCGAUCGGAAGGUCAAAAUUGAUCACGACCAGCUGGAGCCAGCCCGUUCAUUGGAAGAGUCUCGCGCCUUGUGGCGAAACAGUGAAACACAAACUGCUGAACUAUCGGCGGGUCUGUGUGAACAACUACGCUUGAUUUUGGAGCCCACAUUGGCGACUAAAUUGAGAGGAGACUACAAGACUGGUAAGAGGUUAAACAUGAAAAAGAUUAUUCCCUACAUUGCUUCUCAGUUCCGUAAAGACAAGAUAUGGCUGAGACGCACAAAGCCGAGCAAGCGUCAGUAUCAAAUCAUGAUAGCGGUCGAUGACUCGAAAUCGAUGAGCGAAUCUAAAUCUGUGAAUCUCGCGUUCCAAAGCAUUUGUCUUGUCUCUAAAGCUCUAACCCAGUUAGAGUCCGGCGGUCUUUCUGUUGUUAAAUUUGGAGAGACAGUUCAAGAAGUUCAUGGAUUUAACAGGGCUUUUAGCGGUGACUCCGGACCCAAAAUAUUCCAGUGGUUCGAUUUUCAGGAAUCGAAAACCGACGUGAAAAAACUGGUUGCCGAAUCGAUCAGGAUCUUCCAACAAGCCCAGAGCUCGAGCACUGCCGAUUUGUGGCAACUGCAAAUCGUCAUUUCUGAUGGUGUCUGCGAGGACCACGAGACAAUCCUGCGCUUGGUUCGCCGUGCGCGCGAAAAUCGUAUCAUGCUUGUUUUCGUGAUCGUCGACGGAAUUAACUCUUCUCAGUCUAUCAUGGAUAUGAGCCAAGUUAGCUAUAUUCCAGAUCAAAGUGGUAAUCUGCAAUUGAAAGUUGGGAAGUAUCUAGACACGUUCCCGUUCGAGUUUUAUGUUGUCGUUCGUGACAUAUCUGAACUUCCCGAAAUGCUUUCCGUAAUUCUACGCCAGUACUUUUCGGAACUUGCGGCUGCGUAG